AUGACCAUAUACGUUGGGUGUAUUGAUAUACACGGCGGGAAAGUCAAACAGAUCGUGGGAGGUACGCUGGAGAAGGACGAUAGGGAGAACGUUGACGAGGUGUCGACGAACUUCGUGAGUGAACUAUCGUCUGCCCAUUACGCCCAAAUAUACAAGAAGAACAACAUAGAGCGCACACAUGUGAUCAAGCUGGGGUCGCUGGCAAGCAACGACGAGGCCGCCACGAACGCUAUUAAGGCCUGGCCGAACGCGUUGCAAAUUGGAGGCGGGAUCAACAUCUCGAACGCCAAGCAAUGGAUAGAUAAAGGUGCGGCCAAGGUGAUUGUCACCUCGUGGCUGUUCCCCGAGCAAGAGCUCGAUUGGACAAGGCUGGAACAGCUGAGUGCUCUGAUCGGCCCGGAGCGACUCGUGAUCGAUCUGAGUUGUCGCAAAGUGGAGCAGGACGGCCAGCACCACUGGGUGGUGGCCAUGAACAAAUGGCAGACCUUAACCAGAACUGUUCUCAGCAAGUCUCUGUUUGACGACUUGAGCAGGUAUUGUUCGGAGUUCCUGGUGCAUGCUGCCGAUGUGGAGGGGCUCUGUAAAGGAAUCGACGAGGAACUUGUGCAGAAAUUGGGAGAGUGGUCGUCUAUUCCUGUUGUCUAUGCUGGCGGAGCAAAGUCGAUUUCUGAUCUGAAGCUGGUGGAAAAAUUGAGCGGGGGCAAAGUGGACUUGACGUACGGAAGCUCUCUGGACCUGUUUGGGGGCAAUAUGGUUAAGUUUGAAGACUGUUGCUCGUGGAACAAGAAUCAUAAAUAA